AUGGGUAGACAGGUGCGACUGUGGUCCCAUACAGGGGACAACUGGGUCAGACAUGGGUCAGACAGGUCUGACAUGGUCAGACAGGGGACCGACGUGGUCAGACUGGGUCACACUGGGUCAGACAAGGUCAGAACAAGGUCAGACUGGUCUACAGGGUCAGACAGGGUCGGACUGGGUCAGACAGGGUCAGACGGUCAGACCUGGGUCAGACUGGUCAUACAGGGGCAGACUGGUCCGACGGGGGUCAUACAGGGGCAGACAGGGUCAGACAGGUCAACGGGGUCAGACUGGGUCAGACCUGGGGGUCCACAAGUCAUACAAGGUCCAGACUUGGUCAGACAGGGUCAGACAGGGUCCAAUAGACUGGGUCAUACAGGGUCAGACGGUCAGGACUUGGGUCAGACAGGGUCCACAGGGUCAGACAGGUCAGACGGGUCAGACUGGGGUCAGACUGUGGCAGACAAGGUCAGACACAGGUCAGACUGGUCAGGAGAAGGUCCAGGACAGGGUCAGCUGGGAGUCAGACUAGGGGUCAGACAGGUCAGACUGGGUCAGACUGGGUCAGACAGGGUCAGACAGGUCAGAACGGGUCAGACUGGGUCCAGACGGGGUCAGACUGGGUCAGACUGGGUCCAGGACAAGGUCAAGACAAGGUCAAAACUACUGGGGCAGACAGGGGCAGACAGGGGAAGACAGGGUCAGACAGGGGCAGACAGUGUCAUACUGGUCAGACUGGGGUCCAGACAAGUCAGACAUGGUCAGACUGGGUCAGACAGGGUCAGUCAGGGUCCAUGA